CCGUCCAAGAUUACUAAACAUGCCGGUAAACAUGUCUCAAUCCCCACGUGGAAUACACACAUCAGUCUAUAUUAUCUCUGUAAUCCUUGAAGUUUUGUGCAUAUCAAUGGAAGAAGAUUGUGGUGCAUUUGCAGCAGACUGUGUUGUCCUUUCAUGCUGCUGCCAGUGCCUUGUGUUACAAGUAACUGUCUUCGUGUUCUUCAAGGUUCCUCGUAAACUUGGCCAGAAGAUUAAGAAGUUUGUGAAGAGAAGAUGUGGAAACACUUUACAUACAACGAGGGAGGAGGCUGUAGUCAAAGAGGAGCUUUGGUGUGGAAAUGGGUUUGUCUUUGAAGAAGGCUCAUCAAGAUCUAAUUGCACUGAGGACAUUGAGAGAAUGUUGCAAGAACGGUCGAUGAGCAAAGAGUUCGGUUUUGGAAGCUUCUGGCGCCAUGAAGAUUCUUCUGAGAUUGUAGAUGUCAAAUAGCCAAAACACAGAAGUAAGUACUCAUCUUCUUUGCUUAUGGCAUUCAUGUUGUGGUAUUGACCAAGAAUCUGGAAAAAGAAAUGGAUUCAAAUAUUUUUCUCGAAAAAGACAAGAUGAAGUUACAGGUAAACUAAAACAAAGGCUAUAAUAUUGUAAUAUUGUAAGAAUCUU